AUGGAGUAUCUUUUGAUCCUUGCUCUCUGCUCCCUUGCCGUCGCUGCCUCGGCCCAGCUCCCAUCCCAGGACAUCCUGGCUCUCCUCGAAUUCAAGAAGGGGGUCAAGCAAGAUCCCACUGGCUACAUCCUGGAUUCGUGGAACGAGGAGUCGAUCGAUUUCAAUGGUUGCCCUUCUUCCUGGAACGGCAUCGUCUGCAAUGGGGAGAAUGUGGCCGGGGUGGUGCUCGACAAUUUGGGAAUCGCCGGGGACGCCGAUUUGGGCACUUUCACGAAUCUCACAUUGUUGCUGAAGCUUUCCAUGGCCAACAAUUCGAUCUCGGGUGUUCUUUCCAGCAGCGUGGGAGACUUCAAGAGCUUGAAGUAUCUGGAUAUCUCCAACAAUCUGUUCUCUGGGGGCCUUCCUGAAGAGAUUGGUAAGCUGAAGAGCUUACAGAACCUGUCUCUGGCAGGCAACAACUUCUCUGGCCCGCUCCCCCAUUCCAUCGGGGAGCUCUCCUCGAUCCAGUCGCUGGAUUUGAGCAGGAACUCCUUCUCUGGGUCGCUACCUUCGACGUUGACGAGGCUCAGGAGCUUGGUGUCACUCAACCUCUCCUUCAAUCUGUUCACCAGGAGAAUGCUGACCGGAUUCGAGGAGAUUUCCUCUCUCGAGGUGCUCGAUUUGAGUUGGAAUCGUCUGGAGGGUGGGAUCGACUGGACCUUCUUGAUGCAGACCAGCGCCGCCCACGUCGAUCUCAGUGGGAACUUGCUGAUCAGCUUGAGUCCAAAGGAGUUCGUUUUUCUGUCGGAUAUCUCCUCCACUGUGAAGCACUUGAAUCUCAGCAAGAACCAGUUGACAGGGUCUCUGAUUAAUGGAGGCGGACUGUUGACUUUCGGGAGCUUGAAGGUGCUGGAUUUGAGCCAUAAUCAGCUGUCGGGGGAUCUGCCCGGGUUUGACUACGCUUACGACCUUGAAGUCCUCAGGCUCGGACACAAUAGCUUCUCGGGCUUCGUUCCCAGUGCUCUCCUGAAAGGGGACUCGCUUGUUCUCUCCGAGUUGGAUCUGAGCUCAAAUAAUCUUACUGGUAUGCUUUUUUCUCUAAUUGUUCCAUCUGCAACUAGAAAUGGUGAUUCAAUCUCCGCCCAUUGGCUGAUUUCUUUUUCUUUGCUCCAUUUUGUCGCAUUAUCUAGAGAAAAUGCAACCAAUCGUAGAUAGCUGCAUGAAGAUAAAAUCCAAGAUUGUGGGCUAAAUAUAGCCUAGAUCAGGCUCCAUGGGUAGAAGAUGUGGGUAGUUAGUUCGUACAUCUCAAUCGAUGAAUUAAUUAGCACAUUUUUGUUGCAGGGCAUAUUGGGAUGAUCACGUCAACAACUCUACAGAUCCUCAAUCUUUCUUGGAAUUCGCUCUCUGGGGAGCUCCCGCUGCUCACUGGAAGCUGCAUCACGCUGGAUCUAUCGGGAAAUAAGUUCACUGGGAACCUCUCUGUGAUGGUCAAAUGGGAGAACGACGUCCAGUUCAUCGAUUUGAGCAUGAAUCAGCUGACGGGUCCCUUCCCCGAGUUGACUUCAGAGUUCCUGAGGCUGAACCACCUCAACCUCUCCCACAAUCUCCUGGUCAACUCUCUCCCUGCCAUUCUCGCUCAGUACCCCAAGCUCACCAUCCUCGAUCUCAGCUCUAACCAGUUCAGCGGCCCGAUUCUGACCGACCUGCUGACCUCCCCGACUCUCCAAGAAUUCCAUCUGGAGAACAAUUCUCUCGAAGGUGGGAUCGUUCUUCUUCAGUCCCAAUCUUCUGAGAAGAAAUCAGACCUUCGAAUCCUCAACCUAUCGGGCAACCGUUUCAAUGGAACCUUCCCAGAUGAUCUGACGGCCUUCACAGGCCUGCAAGAACUCAACAUCGCGAGGAACAACUUCUCCGGGAGGCUACCACCUUCCAUGUCCAAGCUCGUCUCUCUCACCUCCCUCGACAUAUCCCAGAACAGCUUCCAUGGCCCUCUGCCUCAGAAUCUGCCCUCCACCCUCGCAUCCUUCAAUGCUUCCUACAAUGAUCUCUCCGGGUCCGUGCCCGCCGGCCUGAGGAAGUUCCCCGAUUCUUCCUUCCACCCCGGAAACUCCAUGCUGAGGUUCCCAGACGGCGUUCUUGGAUCUGGCAAUGCACCGAGCGGGGUAUCUUCCCGCAGGUCCAUGAAGAGGUUCAUCAGAGUGGUGAUCAUAGUGUCCUGUGCUGUUGCGGUGGUGAUGCUGAUUCUCCUGGCCAUCGCCGUGCAUUACAGAAGGGCCCUGAUUCGGGCCAGGAAGAAGGAGGCCUCUGGGGGCAGCUUGACCGGAACCAGCGUGGUGAAGGACGGCGGAGAGAGGGUGAGGACCUUGGUUGUCUCUGCAACUGAUCUGGUUUCUCCGAGGAAAGCUUCCACUUCUGCUGAGAUCCCCAGAUCAAGUGAGAAAGCGGUUGCCAUGGCCACCGCCGGCGGCGGCGGCGGCGGUGGGUUUUCUCCGACGAAGGACCGCCGGUUUUCAUGGUCGCCGGAAUCCGGCGAGUCAUAUCCGGUGGAGAACCUGGGGAGAUUGGACGUGCCGUCGCCGGACUUGCUGGCCGGAGACCUCUUCUUCUUGGACGACAACAUCACGUUGUCGCCGGAGGAGCUGUCGCGGGCGCCGGCGGAGGUACUGGGCAGGAGCAGCCACGGAACCUCCUACAAGGCGACUCUGGAGAGCGGCGUCCUGCUAACUGUGAAGUGGCUGAGAGACGGCGUGGCUAAGCCGAAGAAGGAGUUCGCCAAGGAGGCGAAGAAGUUUGCGAAUAUCCGCCACCCCAACGUCGUCGUCCUCCGCGGCUACUACUGGGGUUCCUCGCAGCACGAGAAGCUCAUCCUCUCCGACUUCAUCUCCCCCGGCAGCCUCGCCGUCUUCCUCUACGGUACGUAAAACCCUUCCUUCCUUCCAUAAUAAUCCUUCUCCCAUCAUCCUCUGGUUCGAAACCCUCUAACGCCGCCGCCGACCCACAGAUCGCCCGGGGAGGAGAGCGCCGCCGUUGGGAUGGACCCAACGACUGAAGAUCGCCGUUGACGUCGCUCGGGGGCUGAACUAUCUUCACUUUGACCGGGCUGUCCCCCACGGGAAUCUCAAGGCGAGCAACGUGCUGCUGGAUGGGCUCGAGCUUAAUGCCCGCGUUGCCGAUUACUGCCUCCACCGGCUGAUGAACCAGGCGGGGACGAUGGAGCAGGUCCUCGACGCCGCCGUGCUUGGGUACCGCGCGCCGGAGCUGGCGGCGGCGAAGAAGCCGGCGCCGUCGUUCAAGUCGGAUGUCUACGCCUUCGGGGUCAUCUUGCUGGAGCUUCUGACGGGGAGGUGCGCCGGCGACGUCAUCUCCGGCGAGGAAGGCGGCGGCGUCGCCGAUCUGACCGACUGGGUGCGGCUCAUGGCGGCGGAUGGCCGCGGGUCCGAGUGCUUCGACCCGGCCAUGGCGGCGGAAAUGGCGGGCCCAACGGCGGCGAAGGCCGCAAAGGAGGUUCUCGGCAUCGCUCUGAGAUGUCUCCGGCCGAUGUCGGAGAGGCCCGGUAUCAAGUCCGUCUACGAGGAUCUCUCCUCCAUAUGA